AUGGCGCCCGCCGCAACAGCGAAGUACGACUGGAUUCUCGCCAUUAUCUCGAUUGCCUUCGUCUUCAGUGCUUUCGGUAACGGAGCGAACGAUGUAUCCAAUGCAUAUGCAACCUCUAUCGCUGCCAGGACACUCAACAUGGCCACGGCCGGUGUCUUGGCGAUAUUCACAGAGUUCAUUGGUGCAGUAGCCAUGGGCGCCCGAGUCACGGAUACAAUCAAGAAUGGAAUUAUCGGUAUCGAUCGGUACGAAGGCAAGCCCGGUGCCCUCAUGCUGGCCAUGGGUUGUGCAGAGGUCGGCAGUGCAACUUGGUUGAUGUUUGCCACUAAGAUGGGCUGGCCUGUCUCAACCACCCAGACCAUCGUCGGUGCCCUUGUUGGAGUUGGCUUUGCUUCUCAGGCUUCCAUUUCCUGGGGCUGGUCCAAGGGAAGUGUUUCUCAGGUCGCCGCAUCUUGGGGUAUCGCCCCGCUUGUGGCAGCUGGUUUCUCGGCUAUAAUUUUCGGCACGCUCAAGUACAGCGUGCUCGAGCGGGCCGAUUCUUUCAAAUGGGCAAUGCGCUUGAUUCCGGUCUAUCUUGCCAUGACUGGUGCCAUCCUCGCGCUGUUCAUCGUGGUCGAAGCACCCACAGCACCUUCUUUGGAAGAGUUCGGUGCCGGCAAAGCUGCCGGCAUCAUCAUCGGAGUAUUCUUCGGUUGUCUUCUCGUCGCCUAUGUCUUUUUCAUGCCUUACUUCAAGCGUCGUCUUAUCCACAAGGACGCCCGCAUCAAGUUCUACCACAUUCCGCUCGGCCCUCUUCUGCUGAGAGACAACCCACCUUUGUACUUCCCAGGAAAGGGCGACGAAGUGGUGAUCAGCUAUUACGAAGAUGCCUAUGGUGAAGUGCGCGCCGGGCAGAAAGACGCCGAAAAGGAGAACACCACAACCAACGCCAACUCUGUCAUGCCGACGCCCGAAAUCACACCCCAGACCAAGUCAGAGCAUGUAGGCGACGACGAAGAGAAGAAACUCGACUCGACCACAUCAUCACCGGAGAUCAAGCCACGCAAGAAGCACCUCGAGCCAACCGAACGGUUCAUCGACCCAGUUCGACACCUUUCGUGGACCAAUCCUCAGAAGUAUUACGGAUAUUUGAAGUGGAUUCUGCUGCAGGGUGUGACGCGGGAUGUGAUCACACACGAUUCGCCCGAGCUGCGAGCAAUCCAUGCUCGCGCACACCGUUACGACGAUCGAGUUGAGCAUCUGUGGACAUACUGCCAAGUUGUGUCUGCGAUGAUGAUGUCCAUUGCUCACGGAUCAAACGAUGUGGCCAACGCUGUUGGGCCCUGGGCUGCUGUGUACAGUACGUACAAUGCUGGCGUUGUCGAGACUGAGGCCCCAACACCAAUUUGGUUCCUUGUCGUUGCGGGUCUGUUACUCGGUCUGGGCUUCUGGUUUUAUGGAUACCAUAUUGUUCGUGCCCUGGGCAAUAAGAUCACACAGAUGUCACCCACGCGUGGAUUCAGUGUUGAGCUUGGUGCCGCGAUCACCGUGCUCUUGGCUUCACGACUUGCAUUGCCUGUUUCCACAACACAGUGCUUGACGGGUGCUGCUAUGGGUGUGGCGCUCAUGAACUAUGAUCUUGGUGCUGUUAACUGGAGGCAGUUGGCCUUCAUCUUUGGUGGCUGGGUCCUGACUCUGCCUUGUGCAGGAUUGAUCUCGGGCUUGAUCUGCUUGAUGGCAUUGAAUGCCCCUCAUUUGUAA